AUGAAAUGUUAUGAUAAUAAGCCAGCUUCAUAGUCUUAUUAAUUUCUUGAUAAAUUAGGGGAAGGGUAUUUAUAUAAUUUAGAAACUUAAGUUCUUUUGGGUAUAUAUGGAAGGUCAAGUAAAUAUCAACUGGUCAAAUAUAUGCUUGUAAAUUAGUAAAGAAUUCAAUGAAGAAGGAAAAAACCUUACUUUAAAGAGAAAUAAAGAUCCUGCAUUUACUAAAAGGAAAAAAAGGUAUAUGAUAAAUAACUAUUUAUAGGUUUUAGUCAAUUGAUUACUUCAGGGUAGGAUCAUAAAAACACCUAUUUUAUAAUGAAUUUGCUUGGAGAUAAUUUAGAAUAGGUGAGAAUAAAAUAUGGGAAAUUUGAUACUACAACAAUAUUGAAUACAGGAUAAUAAAUGAUUCUCUUGCUUAAAGAACUACAUAACGCUAACAUAAUUCACAGAGAUAUAAAACCUGAAAAUUUUGUAGUACAUUAAGAGAAAGUACAUCUAAUAGAUUUUGGACUGUCAAAAUUGUUCAUAUAAGAUGGAAAACACUUAGAAUUCCGAGAAAAUAAAGGUAUGAUAGGUACAGCCCGUUAUGCUUCAAUAAACUCAUUGAAAGGAAAUGAAUAAUCAAGGAGAGACGAUCUUGAAUCCGUCGGUUAUUUACUAAUUUAUUUGUUCAUGGGCACUCUGCCAUGGAAUAAUAUUAUGGCUGAAGACAAGAAUAUUAAAUAUUACAAGAUUUAAAGAAUGAAAGAAGCAUUUAAACCAGAAACAUAUAUUAAUUUGCCACCUGAACUUUCAAAAUACAUUGAAUAUGUAAAACGUUUGAAGUUUGACUAAAAGCCUGAUUAUGAUUAUUUAGAAAACAUGUUCAAAAGAGGAGAAGAUUUUACUAGAAGUCCUAAACUAUAAAUUUAAUAAAGUCAUUUAUAAAUUAAAUCAAAUUUACUACAUUUAAAAAGUAUUGAAAGAACUCAAUGUUUGACUUCUAGAAAAUUAUCAAAUUAAUUAGAAAACACAAGUAGAAGAAUAACAUUUGAAGAUUUAAGUUCAGCUGGGGCUGACAUUAUAGAAGAACUUGAAAAAGACGAAGGCAUAAAAUUAAAGAAUUUAUCAGUUGGCAUUAAAUAACCAUAGAUAAUAAAUAGAAUAAAUAAAGUGAGAACAGGAUCAGAUUAGAUUUUUGAAAUAGAAAAUAAAUUAAUGGCCAAUUAAUUGCCAAUAUCCUUAAAAUAAUUAGAAUGA